CUAAAACAGCUAUUUCCACAGCCUGAGUCUGUCUUCCAAGAGAUUUAAACAUGUGGGCAGAGAAUGAUUUGCACCCAGCUGUGCCAUGUCUUGAAAGCUACUCGGAGCCUUUGGCUGGUAAAACAUAUUUAAUGUAUCACGGGACCACUCGAAAUGCCUUGCAGCAGAUUAUCAACUUUGGCUUUCAGCCAUCUGCAGACGGGAUGCUUGGACGUGGCGUUUAUCUCAGCCGGGAUCUUAACAAAGCCAGCAGAUACCCUAUUAACUGGCCUGUGCAUGAUAAGGUUGUUGUAAGAGUGCUUGUCAAUGUUGGAAGAGUAAAAAAAAUCGACCAUCAACGUCAUCCGAUGCAGAAAACCUGGCACGAUCAUGGGUACGACACUGCCUGGUGCCCUCCAAACUGUGGCAUGGUGUCCAGUGGCCUUGAGGAAGAUUGUGUUUGGGAUCCACUUCGGAUUCAGAUCAUUGAUGUCACUUAUCCAAAACCGCAUCCUGCUGCAGCUUAUUAUUAAAAAGGAGGACAGUUGCUAAUAUUCUGGUUCUUUACUGGAAAAGAGGCAAUAUUUGGGUGUUCUUAUCAAUGUUGACUUAUUAUACACUUCCUGUCACCAGUCCGUUAAUUGAUUCAAUGGUUUAGUCUGUAUACACAGCACACUGUAAGAAAAUAUAUGCAUAAAUCUACAGUUUAGUGAAUUUAGUGAUUUUUUUAUAUGCUUUUGACUGUUGACUUUAUAAAUAGUUUGAUGUGAUAUAUUUUCUGUAUUAGUAAAAAAAUGGCUGGGUUUCAGACAAUACCUUCAUGUUGUCUCAACACAAAUUGAGUAAGUUAACGUAAUUGUUUUUACAAAUUUAAGUGGAUUGAACCAGGGGUGGACCCUUAGCAAUUCCAGGUAUGGGGCCCUAUAGCAUUGAAACUCAAGAACACUCUCUUUCUCUAUAGAUUUUUUUUAUAAAUAGACUCAGGGUUUUAUUUUGCAAAUAAACUGCAUGUUAAAAUAUAUAUUUUAAGUAGAACCUUCUUAAUGUAAAAUCAAAUACAUUAAAUAUGAAAAAACAACAACAACAAAAAAAAAACAAGUUCUCACAAACCAUGUGCAUUUAAUUAGCCAUACUUGUGAUUAGAUUUUAAUAUUUGCAUUUGCAAUAAGGGAAGGAACAUUCCACUAUUAAUAGGGGCCCCCGGUUUAGAAAAAAGUAAUGACGUUAAAAUCUAAAUGAUUAUAGACAGUUUUUACAACAUAUGAUAGAUCAAUUAUAAAAGAGCUAUAGGAUGAUUACUAUAGGCUUCUUGGCAUUGGUCGGGGCCCCCUGUUUUAAGGUGCCCUAAUCGGCUGCUUACCUUGCUUAAAUGAUAAGUCCACCUCUGUAUUGAACAUAAAACAGUUAAGUUGUCUCAAAAAAAACUCAAUAAUUGUGUUGAUUCUGCUCAUUUUAAAUAAGUAAAUUGAACAUGCAGCAAAAUAUUUUACAAGUGACUAAAAAUCCCGUUUAAUAGAACGCCAGUACUUUUUUUGCUGUUUAUUCCACAGUAUUGUCUGUGCUUUUCUGUUAUCUGUAUAUCUAUUGUUUGGCUUACAUUAAAGUUCAAAAUUCAAA